AUUAUAUCGAAGAUUAUACCUCAUGCAAUGAACCACUACCCCCAAUAUUAGAAAAAAAUACUGGCUUACCACCUCCUUCAUCAAAAGACAAUGCGCCUUCAAUAUUAGAAAUAAAUGCUACAUUGUUUCUAAUAUCAGAAAUG